CCGACGGUUAGUUCCAAACCCGAUACUGGCCACCACACACGCAACCCAUACAAGUUUUAAACUUAGAACGCGGAGCGCGCGAAGUGCAUUUUGAAUUUGACGUUUCUAAACGUAUUUCGAAUAUGGAGUGUUUUUGUUGUGUUGAAGUUCUGUGCGCGUGAUAGAUGGUUUCGUUAAUUUGUGAACGUUUGAAUCAAGAACAAUGUGGUGGUUGCUGAAACUGACAAUUGUAUUACAGUGUGUCAACUCCGUCCGUAUAACCAGCAUGCGAGUCCCCGAAGUGAUCCAAUACGGCACGGACGCCGUGACUCUCGACUGCGAGUACGCGGCGGACAACGUGACGGGGCUCGUCGUGCAGUGGUUCCUCGCGGACAGGUCGCGCCCGGUGUACCAGUGGAUCCCGCCGCAGCGCCCGCAGGCGUUGGGACUGCUGAAGAAUAAGCUGGACCUAACACACAGGGUGUCGCAAAACCCGUACACCCAGCAUCGAGCUCUCCGCAUCACGUCACCAGGUCCCGAGCUGACGGGGAACUACACGUGUGUGGUCUCCACCUUCCUGGCCGAGGACCAGAGGACGCGGCCUAUGACUGUGUUCGUACCAGAAAAAAGAUUUGACAUGAUCCAAGAUCGAUUAGAAGAUGGAUGGUUAAACAUAAUCUGUUCAGUCGAAGGAGUAUUCCCGAGGCCCGAAAUCAUUAUAAUGGCGGGGAAUAGGCCAUUAAACACAAAAACGUCAAUCAACCUCAUAAGCUCGCGGUACACGGCGGUCGCCAGUGCCCUAGUGCGGGUGGUCGCGCUACCCCCCACCGUGGAGCUGCUGUGUGACAUGCAGGUGCCGCUCGCCAACUAUGUUAGCCGGAAACGAGAUAUAUUCUAUAGAGAUCCACCUCCAAGUCCUGAACCAAAUACUCCUGACACGCAAACAGCACCAGAUAUAGGACAUACAACGACUGCACCAGCAAGACUGAUAUUCAUAAUGUUAUUUUUGAACGUGAUUCUAAGACAAUGGUUUGCGAGACACUGAUAGUAUUAAUAGAACUGUGACAAAUUGUAUUUAGUAGUUAAUUAAAGAUUAUCUCAGAUAUUUGUACAGUAUUGUAAAUAAUUAUAAUAUAUUUUUAUUAGAGCAAAAGAUAAAGAUUUCAUUAAAACUCAACAAGUACUAAGCAUAAAUAAAAAUUAUUAUACCAAUACCAUAGCGUUCAUAUUUUAACAUAUUAUGUACAGACAUAAAUAUGAAUGGAUUUUCCUGUAUA